AAUCCCUCCCUAUGAAGUAAAGUAUAAAAGAUAGGACUCCUCAUUGACCAUCACACAAUCUACACUGAAGUUCUGAAAGUGAAGAUUUGACAAAAGAUUCAUCAUGGCAGUCAUGAGAGCUCUUGUGCUUCUUUUCUUGGUCUUUUCUGUUGGGAAUGCAGCAGCUCAUGAGAAAUGCCCAAAUGGAUGGACACCUUUUGGUGUGCAAUGCUACAAAUUAUUUUCUCAGUCAGUGAACUGGGCCACAGCUGAGAAAAACUGUCAAUCCGUUGGUGCAAAUCUUGCAUCUGUGCACAAUAUAGUGGAAAACGACUUUCUCCUGAAACUUGUGUCUGCCAACACAUAUACUUGGAUUGGUGGCCAUGAUGGUGAAGUGGAAGGACAAUGGCUGUGGUCUGAUGGAUCUCAUUUUGUCUUUACCAACUGGUGCGCUGGACAACCUAGGAAUUAUGGUGGUAAUGAGAACUGCCUACACUUAAACUAUACCAAUAACCGUUGCUGGAAUGAUGAGCCCUGUUCAACCACAAUGAGCUACAUUUGUGCUCAACCUAUGAGAUCAUUCAUCAUGGCAGUCAUGAAAGCUCUUGUGCUUCUUUUCUUGGUCUUUUCUGUUGAGAAUGCAGCAGCUCAUGACUGCCCGUAUGGAUGGGAACCUUUUGAUGUGCAAUGCUACAAAUUCUUCUCUCAGUCAGUUGACUGGGCCACAGCUGAGAAAAACUGUCAAUCUGUUGAUGCAAAUCUUGCAUCUGUGCGCAGUACAGUGGAAAACAACUUUCUCCUGAGUCUUGUGUCUGUUGACACACAAACUUGGAUUGGUGGCCAUGAUGGUGAAAUUGAAGGACAAUGGCUGUGGUCUGAUGGAUCUCAGUUUGACUUUACCAACUGGUGCUCUGGACAACCUGACAAUAAAGGUGUUAAAGAGCACUGCCUGGAAAUAAGCUAUAGAACUAACCAUUGCUGGAAUGAUGCACCCUGUUCAUACAAAAUGAGCUACAUUUGUGCCCAACCUAUGAGAUCAUGAAAAAUCAAUCUGUUUUUACUAUGAUUGUACUAUAUACAUUUUUUUCUGAUCUUAUCCUUAAAACUCAGUGUCUUACUGAACCUUUCUGAAAACUUCUCAAAUCAAUAAAAGCAUUUA